UAAUGAUGACAACCAAUCAGCAUCCACGGUUACGCCCCUCGGACACACCCCUCACACCACCUGUUCUCAAUACUCCAUGACCCCCCUUAAGGUCAAAGGUCACCUGUCAAAAAGUUUGAUUAAAGGGUGUAUUUUAGUCUCUAAUGCGUCUUUGCCUCUGCCUUCAGCACCAGAAAGCAGAGGGAAAAUCGUCUUUGAGAAAUUCUAACAUUUUUCUUAGAAUAACUACUUUUAGUCCUAGGAUUCUUUGUGAAUAUGGGCCCAGAUUGAUUUUAUUGUGACAAUGUCCACAGUGAUGGUGAUUUGUUCCACCUGUUCAGGUGAAGGAGAUCAGACAGACGGAACUGAACAGCGGCAAUCCAGAGGAAGUUCUGCAGCUGGCUGCUCAGUCAAGAUUCCUGCGGGCCAUGGCUAAACUCUACUUCUGAAGAACCGGAGUAACAGCAGACAUUUGAUUUCAGUUCAGAAAGUAAAGUUUAAACAAACGCAGCGUCUAAUUAUUUUAAAUCAAAACAAAGACGUUAAGGAACACAAUAAAGUGUGUGGGUGUGUGUAUGUGUGUCAUCAAAGUCACUGAUGAUGUCACAAAGCUUAUGUGACAUCACCAGUAUCAUCAAAGUCACUGAUGAUGUCACAAAGCUUAUGUGACAUCAACAGUAUCAUCAAAGGCACUGAUGAUGUCACAAAGCUUAUGUGACAUCAACAGUAUCAUCAAAGGCACUGAUGAUGUCACAAAGCUUAUGAACUCAUCUUUAGAUUUCUGGACGUCCUGAGAGAUCUCAUCAUUCUACUGCGAUCCCCCAAGUUGGCUGCGUUCGUUUUGCUCUUAAGCUAUUCAUUUUCAACCGUAAGAAAAAUCUCAAAAUGUUUACCUGUUUGUCGAGAGACUUUGGAACUAUUUUCCUUAAUGCAGAUAAAAUACGAGAAGAGAAUAACAAGACUAUCCAACAACUGUUAAAACAGAAUGAAAUACUUCAAAAGAAAUUCGAUCACAAAGAAAGCUACGAGAAAUGGAGAAAAUCGAACAAAGAUGAAGUUCAGUUAAAUAAAGAAUACGGCAGACUGUGUAAGAAGUUGGAAAAGGAGCAGGAUAUCAUUGAGAAAACCGUUGCAGCAACAGAAGAACUGGAAAAUAGAACCAUAAACACUAAUGAACUUAGACAAAAAGUGAUAACUUUGAACAAAAAAUUGAAGGAUAAAACUGUGUUGAAUACCCAACUCGAUGAAAUAAAACAUCAGUCGAAGCUGCUUAAGGAACAAAAAGUUGUUUACGAAAAACAGAUUGUGUCUCUAAAUAAGAAAAUUGCAUCUCAAGAUAAACUGAACAAUGCUGUCAGAGAGGCUAAAGGUACGCUUGAAGAGUUGAUGAUGAUGAAAGAAAAUUACCUGCGAGAGAUUGUGGAGUUAGAAGACAAACUAAAACCUGGGGUCCUCGCAUUGUUGUGUGGGAAGAAAGCGGGUACACACAAGGUAAUAAAACGCUUAUAUUCAUUCCAGGAAAAAAUUGUUAAGAUCAAAAAGCAAUUUGAUUCCUUCAAACCGGACCUUGAAAAAUAUUUGGGGCACUCUCAAUCAGAUGAUGUAAGCCCAAUAAAGUUGGACCAGAGUAUUUUGCCUCCUGGCGAAGAUGGUUGUUUGGAAAUAAUCGAUUAUCCAGAUUUAAACAAAAAGAAAGGAGGCAAAAAGGCGGUGGUCAAACAUGAAAAUCCAGCAUGUGAGGACAGGUCAAAGGAUUCAGAUGAUACAAGAGACAAAGAGGCAGACCCUCCAGGCCUUUCAGGUGACAGAUAUCAUCAACACAUAGUAGAGGCACUUAUACAUGCAAAUCCAGCAUGUGAGGACACGUCAAAGGAUUCAGAUGAUACAAGAGACAAAGAGGCCAACCCGCCAGGCCUUUCAGGUGACAGAUAUCAUCAACACAUAGUAGAGGCACUUAUACAUGCAAAUCCAGCAUGUGAGGACAGGUCAAAGGAUUCAGAUGAUACAAGAGACAAAGAGGCCAACCCGCCAGGCCUUUCAGGUGACAGAUAUCAUCAACACAUAGUAGAGGCACUUAUACAUGCAAAUCCAGCAUGUGAGGACAGGUCAAAGGAUUCAGAUGAUACAAGAGACAAAGAGGCAGACCCUCCAGGACUUUCAGGCGUCAGACAUCAACGACACACAGCAGAAGCACAAUCUACUCAUCCAGUGGAGAAAGCAGAACCAAUUCAGGGACAAGAACCUGAAGAGAUUGCUUUGUGGAACCGUGGUUCCAUCCAAUCUACAUUUCUUGAAAUAAUAUUCACCAUUGGUUCAAUGAUUUUUUUAGGAAUCAUAAGUGAAUGUCUGCAAAGAUUGUAUGACAUGCAGAACAACACUUGAAGUACUGAGAAAAUCUACUUUAAAAUAUGUAUGUGCUUGUGGCCUGAUCCAAACCAUUUUAAUGUAUAGCAAAAUAAAAGGUUAUGGUGAAUAAACGAACGCGCAGAAGUUCCUCUUUAAAGAGGAACUUCAACAAUUUGGUGACCCCCGACGUGGACAACAGAGAGUGACAGACAAGAUCUUCUGACACCGGGCGCCCAUUUACAUCUUCUAAAAGGUUCAUUCAGAAAGACCAUCUAGUGGUCACACGGAGGAAUUACACAACCGACUGGGAGUGCAGUCCAUGUUAAAUCUUUCAACACACAUUCUGACUUAAAAAUGCGGUUGGAUUUUUGAUUAUUUGAGGGAAAAUGAAAUGCAUUUAUUGAAUAUAGGGUGAAGUGGCUUGUAGUGGAUUGUGUUGGAAUAAUUGAAUAAAGAUUUGUCUUA